GUGGUUUCGGUACCAUGUCAGCCAGACGCUGUUCCACGUGGUGCAGGUGGUGCUGGGCUACAUGGUGAUGCUGGCUGUCAUGUCCUACAACGCCUGGAUCUUCCUCGGGGCCAUUGCAGGCUCCACACUGGGCUACUUUGUGGUGUACCCCCUGCUCGGUCGGGGCUAG